AUGGGCCGGAAGAAGAGGCGCGCGGAGCUGCCGUGGUGUUUCUACUGCGACCGCGAGUUCGACGACGAGAAGAUCCUGCAGCAACACCAGCGCGCCAAGCACUUCAAGUGCACGCACGACCGCUGCAACAAGCGACUGAUGACCGCGCCGGGCAUGGCCAUCCACAUGCUCACGGUGCACAAGAUCAAGGUGGAGAAGGUGCCGAACGCCAUCGAAGGCCGCGAUAACCCCGAGUGGCUCAUCGAGGGCAUGAACGGCAUCCCGGAGGGGUUCGAUUUCGAGAAUAACAGGGCGCUCGUGGACCCAAAAGCGGAGAACGUCGUCGUCACCGGGAAGCGCCCAAAUCUGGGCGAACACGCGCCCCCGGGAGCGAUCGGAGGCUGGGGCGCCCCGCCGGCGGUCGGGAUGGGGAUGCGGCCGAUGAUGCGACCGCCGGGCGCGAUGGGCAUGCCGGGCAUGCCCCCGCCGGGGUUCCCUCCGCCGAUGAUGCCGCCGCCGCCCUACGGGAUGAUGCCGGGGAUGCCGGGGAUGAUGCCGCCGCCGGGGAUGAUGCCGGGGUCGAUGCCGGGGAUGAUGCCCCCGCCGGGAGUGGCGCCCGCGCCCCAACCCCAACCCGUCGCGCCGCGACCCGAGCAGGCGCCCAUCACGGAGACGGUCAUGGUCUGGGACGACGAGUCCGAAUCCAUCGAGGAAAAGCGGGCGUCGCUGUCCAAGUAUUCCGGCGUCGAAGGGAGAGCCGCGGCGGAUGGCGAGGGAGAAACGAAGGAUCCGUCCGCGGAGGGCGAGGAGGACGGCGGCGACGCGCGGUGA